AUGCCAGCCCCUGGCGCGCCUCCCGAUUUCAGCAACAUAACCCUCCCACCAACACCACCACGGCACAAGUUCGAGACGGAGUUUCUCUUCAACUACACCAUGAACCUCCCUCUGGACCAGCCACCCAUGGUACUAGGUGAUGUCGGCAGCGGCUGGCUCAUGGUACUGUCCGAGCAAGGCACCAGGAUUACUGGUCCCAAGAUCAACGGAUGUGUUGCCACUUUUGGACAGGACUACUUGACGGUGCGGCCAGAUGGUGUUGGUGAGCACAUCGUACGUCAUGUGAUAUUGACGGAUGAUGGAGCUAAGAUCACGUUCUGUUACGAGGGAAGGAGUGAUUGGGGCAGGGAUGGGUAUGCGGCGGCAGCGAGAGGUGACUUGCCAGAUGGGCUACGGAUCCGCUGUGCGCCGUACAUGCAGACUAGUCAUCCGGAUUAUCUGUGGGUCAAUCGUUUACAGUGCAUAGAGGUUGGGGAGGUCUAUCCUAGUAAGGGCUAUGGGAGUUUUGAUGUGUAUGCGUUGGUCUGA